CCCGGAGGAGCCCAGCGCGGGGAGCCUCCGCAGCGCGGGCGGGCCGGGCCGGGGCCGGGGCCGGGGCCGGGGCCGCAGCCGCCCAGGUUGGAGGCUGUCAUUCCCAGCUCAAAGUCCUUCCUUGGCUCCCUAUUGGAUUCAUCAAGCAUUUAUUAAAUGCCUUCUAUGUGCCAGUCAUCCUACUAGGUGCUGGGGACACAGAGACGAUCUUCAGACAGUACCUACCUUUAAAGGGCUUAUGUUCUGAUGAGGGGGACAGACCACAAAUACAAGUCAAGAGUCAGUCAUCCUUGGAAAUAGCGAUUAAGUUUGCCCACAGUAGCUGCCAGGAGCAGGCAGAGAAACCUUCUAUGCAGAGCUCCAGAGAAAUUGGAUGCCCUAGAUGAUGAGGACAUUGAGGCUCGGAGAUAAGAAGUGACUUGCCCAGGAUCACACAGCAAGUUAGCAGUGGGAGUAGAAACAGGAGUCCACGUGUGCCAGCUCUCAGGCCAUUCCUGUUGCUGCUACUUUGCCCGGCCAGUUCAUCGAUCUGUGUCAUUUCCAAGACUUACUUCUCUACCCCACCUCAACUACACACAGAGAAGGUCCUAGCCUUGAUCUUGUCAUCAACAACUGAUGAGGGUCCCAGGCUGCAAGAAGAACCAGUGGAUACAGGGAGAGAGUUGACUAUUUCUCAUUCCCUUGAGCUACACUAAAGAGAAGCCCGGACAUGGCUGAACAUUCAGGGUACAAGGAGGUCACUUCCACUCGCCACCUGCGGUUUAAGCUGCAGAGUCUCAGCCGCCGCCUGGAUGAGCUGGAGGAAGCCACCAAAAGCCUCCAGAAGGCUGAAGAUGAGCUCCUGGAGCUGCAGGACAAGGUGAUCCAGGCCGAGGGCAGCAACUCGAGCAUGCUGGCCGAGGUGGAGGCACUGCGCAAGCGGGUGUUGAAGAUCGAGGGGAAGGACGAGGAGAUCAAGAGAGCGGAAGACUUGUGUCAGCUGAUGAAGGAGAAGCUGGAGGAGGAGGAGAGCCUGACCCGGGAGCUGAAGGCGGAGAUCGAGCGGCUCCAGAAGCGGAUGGCUGAGCUGGAGAAGCUGGAGGAAGCCUUCGGCCGGAGCAAGAACGACUGUACCCAGCUGUGCCUGAGCCUGAAUGAGGAGCGGAAUCUGACCAAGAAGAUCUCGUCUGAGCUGGAGACCCUCCGGUGCAAGGUCAAAGACCUGGAGUCUUCGGAGGACAGGCUGGGCAAGACCGAGCAGAGCCUGGUGUGCGAGCUCGAGAAGCUCAAGUCGCUGACUUUGAGUUUUGUGAGUGAGAGGAAGUAUUUGAAUGACAGGGACAGAGAAAACGAGAAACUUAUCAAGGAGCUGACCCAGAAACUGGAGCAAAACAACAAGGUCAACCUGGUGGACCACACCAGGAACGCCUCCACCCUCCUGGAUAGAAAUGACCUCCGCAUCGAAGACGGCAUCUCGUCCACGCUGCCAUCCAAAGAAGCCAGGAGGAAGGGCGCGCUGGACUACCGCAAGCAGGGGGAGAACGAAACGCGGAACAAGUCGGAGAAUGAAAAGAAUCGCAAUCAAGAAGACAACAAAGUUCAAGACCUCAACCAAGAAAUCGAGAAACUCAAAACUCAGAUCAAACAUUACGAAUCUCUGGAGGAGGAGCUGAAGAAAAUGCGGGCCCAAAACAAUGACCUGAAAGACAGUUACCUGAGCGAGCAGAAUAAGAACAAGCUCUUGGCCAGUCAGCUGGAAGAGGUGAGGCUGCAGCUGAAGAAUCAGAAGGACCUUGAGAACGGGGAAGUGCUGGACAGUGAGGAGUCUCUGCUGGUCGGCAAGGGCAGGCAGCACGAGAGGCCCAAGUACCGAGGGCUUGUCAACGAGUCCCCUACGUCCAAGUACAAGGCGAGGGAACACUCUCCCCAGCACAAAAGGGGAGAGAGGCUUCGGAACAAGGAGCACGUUCUCAGCAAUGACAAUGCCCCUCAGAACAGCCGGCAAGCCGGCUGUCCCAGCUCCGUGAACCGCAGGGGCACCAAGGCUUCUGGCGCUGUGGUGGGCACGGACAACAUCUCCCAAGAGGCCAAGAGACCCGAUACGGCCGGUUCUCUGAGUGAAGGCAAGAGGACCAGGGAGCAGCCGUCGGUGCUGAGUCGCUAUCCCCCGGCGGCCCAGGAGCACCGCAUGCUGAAGGGAGUCUCCAAAUCAGGACACGAGAAUGGGUUAAAGGGCAAGGUGGAAAAGACAUCCCAGGUGUUUAACGAUGCCAACCAUGGCCGUGGGUCUGAGGAUAGGUCCAGCAGGACAGACCACACUGCGGCCUCGGCGGGGAACAAAGUGUUGAAGGUGAAUCGGGCAGUGGCUUUGGAUGCCUCUUUGGAAGCCAUGUCAGCCAAGAAGAUCCUCAACCCCACCGGGGGAAAUCAGGUCUCUUCAGGGCUGGCUGCAGAAUUGGGCACCUCUAAGGCCGCUGAUCCUUUGGCCUCAUCUCGGAGAUUGUCCUCCGAAGGACUGUCAAAAUGCAAAAGGCCCGCGAACGGCCAGGUUGCUGAGAGCAGCCCUCCCAGUCUGAAGCCUCCGAUUUUAUCCAAGGUUUCUUCUGGCUCUAGGAGUCAGGAAGACAUUCUUCAGGGCUUUGUGGCACAAGACAAGGAAGAUCAAGAGCAGCCUGUGCCCGUGGUGACAGAGGACAGCAGUCAGCACGAGGCGCUGAGGUGCAGGGUCAUCAAACCCAGCGGUCGAGAGAGACUGGACCUCGAAGACGACAUGGACACUGAUUCUCUGGUCACUGCCAAGCUAGUCAACACCACCAUCACACCGGAGCCAGAGCCCAAGAGGCAGCACAGCACCAGAGAAACGCCCCGGUCCCGGGCAGCGCUUAGGACGCCCCUGUUUGAUGGUGACAGAGACGCCGGGGCAGAUGCGGAAGCUGUUAAACCUGUGAGAGGCGCUGUGGAGUUUCAAGACGCCAACAGCUCAGGAGUCAAAGGCCGUCGGCCCUUCAGCCCCAGAGAGGCCUUGAGGUCCAAGGCAGUGAUUAAGCCUGUCAUUAUUGAUAAGGAUGUGAAAGAGGUCAUGGGGGGAGGUGGGGCAGAAGCCAUCUCAGAGAAACCAAAGCCCACCUCCAGAACCGUGCCAAACAAAGUGACGAGCUGCAUAACCAUCUACCCCGUGGAGGUGAGCAGCCCCAGGGGGAGCAUAAGCGAAGCUCCCAGAGAGAGACAUACCUCCACCAGCAACAUCCAGGUGGUGCCCAGUGAGAUGUCCUCGGUCACCAACCACAUCAGCCUGCCUUUUGAGAUCUCCAUUAACAAGAAUGAUAUCACGAGGCAGAUCUCAGAGGCUGACCAAGCUGGGGACCUGCCCCCGAGGGGCAGGCCAGAGACGGUGGUCUCCAGGAGCAGUAUUACCAUCAAGCCAUCAGAGCCUGCGGAGAGGAACAGCCAAGAGCCCCCCUCAGAGACCUUUAGGUGGAAGAGCCACCGUCCGCCUUUGGAGAUGGAGCCGGUCGACGCCAAACACGUCACAGUGCGCAGCGCCUGGAGAAGCAGGCGGGACUUGAACUCUCUGGAAGAUUCCCCAGCCCACGGAGGCAAAACCACAGAUCUCCCCAAUGCCUACACGCAGAGGUCUUCCACAGAUUUCUCAGAACUGGAGCGGCCCAGGCCCUCUCCCUUUGAGCAGGGCACACGCAGGGGGGCAGGGAAUCCAAGGGAUGCCCCUGAUGCCCCUGAACUGUCUUCCCGAAGAAGCCAAAGCAGCCUCACGGUGUCCGAGGUUCUCACCAGGCGGGGCCGGGCUGGUGACUCGGUCACUGCUGCUGCCUUGAGCCGCCCAGCAGGCCUGGAGGAAGCUGAAGGCAGUAACCCCAAUCCCUUUCGAUGGCAGCACAAUUGCUUGGAAAGGCCAGAGCUGCCUGCCAAGUGGCCUCCUGAGCACACACGGGUUCGAGCUGAAGAACGGCUCCGUCGGGCCAAGCACUCCUCCGAAGAGAACUGAUCUGAUGGGUAGCUCCUGCUCUGCUGGGUGGAUUUCCAAGAUUCUGAUUCCCUUCUCCCUGCAGAGGAUCCAUUCCGUGGUCUGCCCCGAGGGGAUGCUUUCUGACCACACACCCUUCAGCCACCAGCUGCAAAGCCAUCUCCCAUCCUUCUCCGCCCUGAGCAUUCUUGACAAGCAGACUACAAUGAAGAGCAGUGUGUCUGGUGGGAGGCUGCUCUGGGGGUCCCUGAGCCCAAGCCCCAGGGUGGCAUCUUGGGUAUGUGGACUUUAGCCCUGUGUCUGGGCUGACUGCUCCCCAAGGGGCCAUCCAUCAGUGACACAUCUUAGCCAGACCUCUCCAGACACCACCUAGGAGGACUAAGAAGGGGCCCGUGCCCUCCAUAUUCCCUUCACCAAGCACUGGAGGCUUGGCUGGCUCAAGAGUUUGCCUGCAGGAUCCCAAGGCUGCAAGCCUCACCUUGACUUCUCAUAGCAGGGUGUCAUCCCCACCCCGCUUGGGGAGGGGGCAAGGAUCCUAAGACUGUGCUAGGCCUGACCUGGCACACUCUCUUUCCCCACCUCCCCCUAGUCAGGAUGAAUCCCUUUCCCAUUUGUCACCCCCUGGAGCAAUAGAUCCAAGGAGAGGCAGACACUAGUGUGCUGCCCCUAGCCCCUGCCUUCUCCCCGGACCCUUUCCCCUCGAGAACCGCACUUUACUGAGUCAAUGCAAUCCUUGAAGAUUGGCUGGAAAGGGGCUUUCUGUGGAUUAUAGUUUCCUGCUGCCUCCAUCAGCAAAAUGAGAGGGGAAAAUCAUGGAGGUUGGGGAGGGGGGAGGAUGAUUCAGAUUCAGAAUGCAGCAAAUUUUUCCAAAUUCCAUCUGAAGAAAAAAUUUUUUAAAAAUUAAAAACUUUAGCGAUUGGUCAGUCACCUUGUACAAGGGCCAUUGCCCAAGUAGCUUUGUUCAGAUGCCAAACUUAGCCAUAGCCGGCCUUGAUGGGCGGGCUCACCACAUUGGAAAGGCAUUGGUUUGGGCCUGCCUGGCUCCUAAGCCCCCUCUCCCAGAAUGCCGAGCUGGAGGGGACCUGCUAAUCCAAGCCCCUCCACUUUACACAGGGUGAACAUGAGGGGUGUUAGUUCAUUCAACUUCCCUGAGGUCCUAUGGCCAGGUCAUUUCUCCCGACUCCCAAGCUGAUGGUGUUCUCUCUAUGACCCAACACAUCCCGUCUUAUCCUUGCUGGGGUUACACCCCUUGAAUCAUCCUUUGUAAGAACUCACCUGGUUUAAGGUUCUAGUUUGGGGAACAGGGCUGAUCAACCCUCAAUUCUCUGGUGUCUCUGGCCCUGGCAGGGCCCAAGGACGCACCUCCCCUUUUCUCGGGCUGUGCCUGGGAGUUACAGGUCCUGGUUGCUAUGCAGGAACCGUGCCCAUACCUCCCUCUUCGUGUUUUGCCAAACAUGGGCUUGUAUUCCUGGGGCUGUCCCUACUUCUCCCCUCGUUGUCACAGUCCUUAUAUUAUGUGCACCCCUUCCCCCCGACUCCCUGCCUCCUCACUGACUCAGCAGGCAGGGCCCUCUUGGCUAAGCGUCCGGUUUUAACAGCUAGCAGAGCUGCUUGUCCCAAAGUCACCUGAGGCUGCUGCCCCUCCAUUGGCUGGGAGCUCCAGGACACCUGGACCCUCUCAGGUGAUAGCUGCUGAAAGGGGGGGAAAUGGACGCUCCAGCCCAGAUCCUUGACAGCUUUCCUCCUCGUGCCCCAGAUGUCGGAGCUUGAAUAGGACUCCUGAGUGUCUGUCAUACGCUCAGCUAGGUGCCAACAUUGUGACUCCACCAUGCUUAAGUGGCACUGCUCACUGCCGUGUGGGAGGGCAAUAAAUCAUGGUGACCUCUUGCUGAGGCCACCGUCUUGAAACCUGAGUGCAAUAGGGUUUGAUUGUAACUAAUAUUUCAGGAUAAGUAUUUCACCUCCCUUCCCCUCAACUUGCACAGUUCCUAGGACCCCUGACAGAUUUAUUUUUGGUGUUGCAGAAAAUACUGGGUAUAAUUGCCUAGCCAAGAGUCCGAGGCCUGGCUCUCUGGGGCUUGGCAGUGGUGAGGAUCCCCUAGGGUUCAGCAGAUUCCAAAGUUAGAUGCUAUGUGACAGCAUCACUCACUGCACCUUCCUAAGAAGUAGCUGGAGGGGCUAAAGGACACGUCCCAUCCAGAGCCUUCUCUUGGAUUGAAAUGCCUUGCAUCCCUGGGGUCCAGAGGCCCAUUCACUGGGAAGUGGGAAAGGGACUGGCCUGGGAGAGAAGCAAACCCAUUCAAACCAAAUCCUCUGAACAAAGAGAACGGGUUUUCUUUGGAUGAGGUGCAGAGUAGAACGGAGCGUGGGUGAGAAGCCCGGUGCAUUCUCAAGUCUCCAGAUACUUCUCUAGCACUGGAGGAAGCUGGUGGAGUUGGGGGAAUGAAGCCUGAAAUUGGACGGUGAAUGAGUCAUGAGCCAGCCUUCCUCCCUGUGCCUUUUUUUUCCUCAUGCCCCCUGCACCCACACUCCCUUGGCCAUAGAGAUCUGAUAAGCCAGCUACAGAGAGACAAGGCCUUUCAGGAGUGGUGGGAGAUGAAUCGUGGAAGUGGGUCCUCAGGGGUCACUGGGUACCGAAGCCCCUGCAGCUCCAGGAGAGAUCACACACACACCACCCUGGUCAGAUCGGCUGGGGCCGAUACUGUUCUGAGCCCCCGAGUAAGCAGCUAUGGGGUUCAGCAGCCUCUGGGUAGUCAGCUAGUGAGCGUCAUGACGCUUGGGGUGGGGGAAGGCUGUUGGUGCCUCCAAUGCUGGCGGAGGAGGAUCUCGUCCACGCUAACAUCCCCACUUGGAGGUUUCCAAAGGCGGCUUCAGAACUGGUGCUUGUAGGCCUCUGGUGGUGGUCCUGAGUUCCCUCCAGGGGACUCCAUGGCUCCAAAGGAUGGACGGAUGGCACAGCUGUCCCUCCUGCCAUAGGAGAGGUGCUGCAUUCUCCUGCUGCUGCUUAGCAGUUCAGAACACGUAUGAAUGGAAUGUAUUUUUAAAAGAAUAAAAUAUAUUUUUUUGUAUUUUAAAAGUUGGGUGGGGUAGGGAGGUAGUGCUAUAAAGUCGUUGAGUUACAGGCAGAAAACUAACCCUCGUUGCUGUGUGUUCCAGUCUCUCUCCAAGUCAGCCCAUUCCAGCUCACUCAGUCCAGCGCCUUGGGGUGGUGGCCACCACCGCUACCUCGGUGGCCACUGCCUUGGCUGCUCCUGGUCCUCCGCCCCACCGCCAUUCUUGGUCUAAGCAUGUGAGAUAGGAGGAGGCCCGGCAGCGCGGCUCCUGCCUCCUCGGCUGCAUGUUUAGCUGAAGCCCGUUUGUCUGCAUGUAUCCUCUGGCUCUGAAGCUGUCAGCCUGCAGCACGAUAUGUAACCAAUAAAGCUCUCCAGUUUC